AUGCCUCCGAAAAAAGGCGGUGGGCCCAAAAUUAUUGAUGGGGUUGAUACAGCUUCUAUGACCAGAGAACAAUUAGAAGCUUUCGCGCUAAGAAUAAAAGAAGAAAAUGAUAGAGAAAGGGAAGAAAGAAAUUUUUUCCAGAUGGAAAGGGACAAAAUCCGAACAUUUUGGGAGAUUACCCGAAACGAACUUGAAGAAGCUCGAGCACAAGUAAGAAAUAAAGACAGGGCUUUAGAAGAAGGAGUCGAAAAGAAUGAAGAAGAGUUAAAAUUUUUUAAACAAAAAGUGAAACAUCUUCAAUAUGAGCAUCAAAAUAAUUUAACGGAAUGCAAAGCUGAAUCACUGGUAGCAUUAAAGCAAGCACAAGAUGAACAUGCUGUUCAAGAACGAGAACUUCUGGAAGAUAAAAAAAGUUUAAAGGCCCUUAUGAGAGAACAGGAACUUAGUAACCAAGAGCAAAUCAAAUCUCUAAAAUUCAAAACAGUGAAGAAAUUAGUAAAGCUAGAAGCGAAUUUGAAACUAGAGCCAAAGAAAUGGAAAUGAAAUAUGAAAAAAAGUACGCGGAUUUAAGAUCACAUCUAAAUAAUAAGCAUGACAUGGAAAUAUCAGAAGUGGAAGAAAGAAAGAACGAACACAUUUCUAACCUCAUUAAACACCAUGAAAAAGCUUUUAACGAAAUGAAAAACUACUACAACGAUAUUACUUUAAACAAUCUUGCUCUUAUUAGUAGUCUUAAGGAUCAAAUGGAAAUUUUAAGAAAGCAGAAUGAAAGAAUGACCAAACAAGUUGCCGAUUUAACUGCAGAGAACAAACGACUGACUAACCCACUCAAAGCAGCACUUGAUCAAAUUAAAGAGUAUAAAAGACAAUUAGAAAAUUAUGAGAGAGAUAAACAAGCUUUAGCUAAUACUAAAUUAAUGUUGUCACAAAAGGUGAAAAGUUUGGAAGACCUCAGAUGGUCUUAUGAUGCAUUGGAGUUAAGAUUUGAAACACUUCAGAAAGAAAGAGAUGAACUUCAUAAUAGAUUUGUUCAAGCGGUAUUGGAGGUGCAACAGAAAACAAGUGUUAAAAAUUUGCUCUUAAACAAACGUAUUCACACUCUGACUCAGGUAGCAGAACAUCGAGAAAUUGUAAUAGCCGAACUACAAGCCGCAACAAAAACUCCUCCUCAACGAACAAACCAAAAGCUAGAAGAAAUUUUAGCGAAAAAGAAUGCCACAAUAAGCGAUUUACAAUACGAGUUAGCUAGAGUUUGUAAAGCUCACGACGAUCUUCUUGAAACAUUUGAAGAGAAACUACAGCAAUAUGGAAUUCCUAAGCAAGAACUAGGCUUUAUUCCUUUAAGAAUUAUACCAGAAGGACAAGGAGGACUUGCCACAGGGCCAGCUGGAUUAGUCACAGAAAACCGUUAA